AUGUUUGAGAAACACUCUAAGACAAAGGUUGUGCACAUGUUUGUUGCAUAUUAUGAUCCAUCGGAACCAUAUGAGCCUAUAACGGAGUGGCAUAGUGAUGCGCAUAGCCAACCUAACAACAUAGAACAAGAUGAUGAUGAUGAUUAUCUUCGCAACCCAGUACCUGAGAAUGGGCAUGUUGGUGUUGAUGAGGAAAAUAUUUAUUUAGAGGAUGAACCUGUACCUCUUAUCAUGGUUCCUUGUUCCAACAAAGAACAGGACAAAGACUAUGUUCCUGAUCAUGAGAGCGAGGUUGAGAGCGAGGUUGAGACCGAGGAUGAGAGCAUGUCAGAGGUUGAAGUAGAGGAAUAUGAGGAAUAUCACGAGGCAGAUCAUGCACCACACAUUGAAUAUAAUAAAUUAGAUCCUCCAAUGAACGAAGGAAGAAAAUAUCCCAAUAUUGCAGAGUUUAAAUUGGCGCUUUCUCAGCAUGCAAUCAAACAUGAAUUUGAGUUUGACACCGAAAAGAGUGCACCACAUAGGUUCAGAGCUUAUUGUUCAAGAAGGGAUGAAGAUAAGUGUCCAUGGAGGAUAUAUGCUUCUACAAUGGAAGAUGAGUGCACAGUAAUGGUGAGAAAGAACCCUUGUGGUCAUGAUUGCUCUAGUACAAAAAGAAAAAAGAAGUUGAAGAAUGCAAACAAGCGGUGGAUAUGUGAGCACGUGAAGGACUGGCUAAUUGAGGAUGCAACUCUAGGACCAAAGGCAUUGCGAAAGAAGCUUAAAGAGCAUCAUGGAAUUGAUAUCAACUCUAAGAGAGUCUAUAUGGGUAAGCUGCUAGCCUUGAAGGAACUAUAUGGUGAUUGGGAUACAAGCUUUAUAAUCUUUAUAGUUUCAAGUCGCAAAUUGAAAGUUGCUGCCCCGGUAGCAUAG